GAGCCCCUCUGGGAUCCAGGCGCGCAGCCAGAGCAGUGCGGGCCUGGGUGCCGUCUCGACCCGCUCCGCGCCAUGGCCUCCUUGGGCGCGGGACUCCGGCUCCUGCUGCUGCUACUGCUGCUGCUGCUGCCGCCGCCUCCUGCGGCCUCGGCCUCCGACCGUCCCCGGGGCAGCGACCCCGUCAACCCAGAGAAGCUGCUGGUCAUCACCGUCGCCACAGCCGAGACGGAGGGAUACUGGCGUUUCCUACGGUCAGCCGAGUUCUUCAACUACACUGUGCGGACCCUGGGCCUGGGAGAGGAGUGGCGAGGGGGUGAUGUGGCCCGAACAGUUGGUGGAGGACAGAAGGUGAGGUGGCUAAAGAAGGAAAUGGAGAGAUAUGCAGACCAGGAGGAUAUGGUCAUCAUGUUUGUGGACAGCUACGAUGUGAUUCUGGCUGGCAGCCCCUCGGAGCUGCUGAAGAAGUUCGUCCAGAGUGGCAGCCGCCUGCUCUUCUCUGCGGAGGGCUUCUGCUGGCCCGAGUGGGGGCUGGCAGAGCAGUACCCUGAGGUGGGCACGGGGAAGCGCUUCCUCAACUCUGGUGGAUUCAUUGGCUUUGCACCCACCAUCCACCAAAUCGUCCGCCAGUGGAAGUACAAGGAUGAUGAUGAUGAUCAGCUGUUCUACACUCGACUCUACCUGGACCCAGGACUGAGGGAGAAACUCAGCCUUAAUCUGGAUCAUAAAUCCCGGAUCUUCCAGAACCUCAAUGGGGCUUUAGAUGAGGUGGUUUUAAAGUUUGAUCGGAAUCGUGUGCGUAUCCGGAAUGUGGCCUACGACACGCUUCCUGUUGUGGUCCAUGGCAACGGUCCCACUAAGCUCCAGCUGAAUUACCUGGGAAACUAUGUUCCCAAAGGCUGGACUCCCGAGGGAGGCUGUGGGUUCUGUGACCUGGACCGGAAGACACUCCCGGGGGGGCAACCUCCCCCCCGGGUGCUUCUGGCCGUAUUUGUGGAACAGCCUACCCCGUUCCUGCCCCGCUUCCUGCAGCGGCUGCUGCUCCUGGACUAUCCCCCCGACAGGGUCACCCUUUUCCUGCAUAACAAUGAGGUGUACCACGAGCCCCACAUUGCGGACUCCUGGCCCCAGCUCCAGGACCACUUCUCAGCUGUGAAGCUGGUGGGGCCAGAGGAGGCCCUGAGCCCAGGCAAGGCGAGAGACAUGGCCAUGGACAGUUGUCGGCAGGACCCUGAGUGUGAAUUCUACUUCAGCCUGGAUGCCGACACCGUCAUCACCAACCCGCAGACCCUGCGCAUCCUCAUUGAAGAGAACAGGAAGGUAAUAGCGCCCAUGCUCUCCCGCCAUGGGAAGCUGUGGUCCAACUUCUGGGGAGCGCUGAGCCCUGACGAGUACUACGCGCGCUCCGAGGACUACGUGGAGCUGGUGCAGCGGAAGCGAGUGGGCGUGUGGAAUGUGCCCUACAUAUCCCAGGCAUAUGUGAUCCGCGGGGAGACCCUGAGGACAGAGCUGCCCGAGAGGGAGGUGUUCUCGGUCAGCGACACCGACCCUGACAUGGCCUUCUGUAAGAGCCUGCGGGACAGGGUGAGCAGCGCCGUCACCCAGGGUGCAGGCCUGGGGGCCCCAUGCUGGGUGCUGGGCAGCUGCCACCUCUCGUCUCCUCCUCACACGCUCCCCCCACUCCAGGGCAUCUUCCUCCACCUCAGCAAUCAGCACGAGUUCGGCCGCCUCCUGGCCACUUCCCGCUAUGACACAGACCACCUGCACCCCGAUCUCUGGCAGAUCUUUGACAACCCCCUGGACUGGAAGGAGCAGUACAUUCAUGAGAACUACAGCCGGGCCCUCGAAGGGAAGGGAUUCGUGGAACAGCCAUGCCCGGACGUGUACUGGUUUCCUCUGCUGUCAGACCAAAUGUGUGAUGAGCUGGUGGAGGAGAUGGAGCAUUACGGCCAGUGGUCAGGAGGCCGGCACGAGGACUCAAGGCUGGCCGGAGGCUACGAGAACGUGCCCACCGUGGACAUCCACAUGAAGCAGGUGGGCUAUGAGGACCAGUGGCUGCAGCUGCUGAGGACGUACGUGGGGCCCAUGACCGAGAGCCUAUUCCCAGGCUAUCACACCAAGACCCGAGCAGUGAUGAACUUUGUGGUCCGCUACCGGCCUGAUGAGCAGCCCUCUCUGCGGCCACAUCACGACUCAUCCACCUUCACCCUCAAUGUUGCCCUCAACCACAAGGGCCUGGAUUAUGAGGGAGGUGGCUGCCGCUUCCUGCGCUAUGACUGCGUGGUCUUGUCGCCGCGGAAGGGCUGGGGGCUCCUGCACCCUGGCCGUCUCACCCACUACCACGAGGGGCUGCCCACUACUCGGGGCACUCGCUACAUCAUGGUGUCCUUUGUUGACCCCUGACACUCAACCACUGUGCCAAACCCUCUCUGCCAUUGUGCCUUCUUGCGCCCCCUCCUUGGAGGGGGUCUAUCCGGGUCCUCGCUUCCUGAGUGUAUGUUCAGUGUGCUUGGGACUGAAUGUGUCUCCUCACCCCCCACCACACGGCCCUCUCAGGAAGCUCCUGGAGCCCCCUUGCCCCUCCCCUCAGCCCCCAAGGGUUCAUGGGGAGAGGGCUUCUGGGGGUUCCCAAAGUGAUAAAUUAUUAUUUCUCAGCCUCCCUCCCAAUAAAGGAGGAUUUGUAA